UUGACGGCGUCACUGAGCAAUCAGCGCCCCGAAGCGGCUCCGCAGGAACCAAUCAGAGGUGGACAUAUGGAAAUGAACGGGAGAUCGUGUGGGACGAUGGAGAGACAGAAGUUCUUCACUCCCGCUGAGGUGGCCGCUCAUAACACCGCUGCCGACCUGUGGGUGUCCUUCCUGGGCAAAGUCUGUGACCUGACCCCGCUGAUGAACCGGCACAAAGGUGACGCUCUCCUGCUGCCCAUCAUGGAGUGUGCAGGACGGGACAUCAGCUGCUGGUUUGACCCCGAAACCAAAGACGUCCGAAAAUACGUAGAUCCACUGACUAACUGCGUGAGGUACUACACCCCCAGGGGGCGCUUCGUGCACGUUCCCCCCGCCGGCCCUCGCUCCGACUGGUCCACCGACAUCGGGCGGCCCUGGUGGAAGGAUGAACGCUACGAGGUGGGACUGCUGUCCGCCAAAACCAGGUGGAUACGAGUCAUCAACACGCUGACGUCACAGGAGCAGCGGCUGCAGGUGUGCUCAGAGGAGACUCUGGCUGAGAUCCUCCAGCGUUACCUGCGCUACAACGCUCACGCCUGCAGCUACACCUGGAAACACGAUGGAGCGAGCCUGGACAUGAACGGGACGCUCGGCGAGAACAACGUCCUCGACGACGACCACGAGCUCCAACGGCUGCGGCUGGACCCGGACCUCUUCGCCCCCGCCCUCCUCCUCCACUUCAACGACGACCUCAGCGAGGGAUGACCUCUGACCUCAUCGAGGUCUCUGACGUCAGCUCGCAGCCGAGCGUCACCUUGUGAUGCUCAGCUGACCGAUGCACCUGUACCGCCACGUGUUAGCGUGAUGAGCACGACG